UUCCUUUCAUCGUCUAAAACUCAACCAUUCUUUCUCACUCAACACAGUCCAACAUGUUUAGAUCCACAAGCACUCGGAAAAGCCCUUCUAGGUAUGAGAAAUUAGAUAAAGAACAUGGUGGCAGUGGAACUUCAAAUGAGGAUUUUAAGAGGAGCACAAGUUUGCCUUCUCGAGCUAUGGCUUCAACCUUUGGUGAGAUGAAUCUGCAGAGAAACCCCACGAGAAAGGGAAGUAGUAAACCUAAGGAGAAGAAGAUUCACCCACUUCUCAGCCUCUUUGAUUUUCGGCGGAAGAAGACGACAACAGCUAGGCCUGAAUUUGCUAGGUAUCUUGAGUAUGUGAAGGAAGGAGGCAUGUGGGAUACCAAUUCCAAUAAACCUGUCAUCUAUUACAAAUGAUUACUCAUCUCAGGUUUCAGACUCAAGUGUAAGUUAGUGCUAUAUUUCUUCAAAGAAUAAUUAACGUUUGAUUCUCGUGUCAAAUCAUCAUAAGAUGUUCAUGAAACUUUCUAUUGUUUCUUGCUGAAAUUGAUGACAUAAAUAUUUAUGCUUUAUCAUUACAAGUUGAAUUGUCGGAGGCCAGAUAAAAACACACUGCACAUACAACAUCGUUCUUCUUCCCAUGAUGUCAUCUUUUAUGAAUGUUUAUAAGAGAUGGUUUGUGUAUAGAUUAAAAGGGUUUACAAAUUUAUGCAGAAAAAUCAUGUAAGAAUAUGAAUACUAGAAAAUGGUGACUAUAUGCAACAAAAACAAAAACCUGAUGAAUUAUGCAUGCAGUGAGCCGCAAUCCCUGAC